GGAGAUGUCCCAUCCCUCCGGUCUCACGCCACCGCUAGCUGAAUCCCCCUCGGGAUCUCCGCUGCCCGAUCCACCCAAUCAACCUCCACCUCUCCUCCCGAGCCACCCCUCCCGUCCAUCACCGUCGGAGCAGCAGCUCCCAUGCCUGCGCCUCGACAGCCCCGUCGUCGGCCAAUCCAACCAGCAGAUGAGUGCCCCGAGAGCCUUGCUCCCUUUUCCCUCCUGCUUCUGUUUCUCUCUCUCUCACGCUGCUCUCGCUCUCUCUGUUGUCUUCGCAGCGCCUCCAUGGACAGCCUCCUCGGUUGACUUCGUGUGCCGCCCCGUUGGACCUCCAGCUUCAGUCCCUCGUCGCCCACGCCCUCGCCUUGCUCCGCCCUUGCCGUCGUCCCGCAGGCGAGCAGCUCCAGUAGGAACACCAGGAGGCCAUGGGCGCUACCCCUUCCGAGCUCGACGACCUCUACCCUGUAGACCUCCCCACCGUUUCCAGCGUUGCCUACUCCUGCUGGCGACCAGCAGGCAACAGUUGCAGCCAUGGCCUUGUAGCUCGUUCCCCCCCAGCUCGGAGAUCCGAUCCGCACCUCCCCUAGCCGGAUCUGGAACCAGGCGCCUCCCCGCGCCCAUCCCGUUGUUCCCCGCCGCCGUCCGCCACCUGCAGUCCCCAUCUCGUCGAUCCUGGGAUCAAGCAGCACCGCCUCGCCCUGCUUACUGUCCCGCCCGCGCCAAGGACAGAGCCCAGCCUCUCCUUCCCCUGCUUCGUGCGCAGUUCGGGAUCGAGCGACGACCGCCUCGCCCCUUCGUUGACCGCGCCUGCAGCGCCUGGGCCAGCAGCCUCCAAGGCCCAGCGCCCCUGCCUGGCCUUCUCCCCACCGAGCCGGCCCAUGAGGCCUGCUUCGGUUUCGUUCCGGAGUUGUGAGGAUUCGUUCGACUACGUCCGGUUGUCUUCUUC